AUGAAGCAAAUGAGGCCUUUCAACUGGGACGACAUUUCAGCAGUUAUUUCUUGGUUGCUGCUAGGCAAUACCUUAUGGAUUUUUAUUGGUACAACAAGCUUUAUAAGUUUCAGUCUAUGGGCAGCCAAUUCGUUGCAGUUUGAAGAUUGGUUUACGAACAAGAUGGGAACAUUGUUGACAAAUAGUUCACAAGCAAUUAUAACAUUCGAAUCUGCUACUCCGAAUUGGAAAGACGGAAAAAUACGGCUCUCAAACGUACAUGUUGUUUCUAUGCCUCGCUCCGAGCAACGUAAAUUUCAACUGUAUCAACAAGAAAAAGAGCCCACUAUUAUACAAGGUGAUUUGCUCGCCAAUAUUGAGCUUGAUGAAGAUGAAAAGACUCCUGCGGCUUUGAAACGUCUCGUAAGAGUACCCUGGUUUGAUCUGACUGUGGAUACAAUUGAAGUAGAAGUUAGUCUGUUACGUCUGUUGGAAGGGAAAGGUAUCAUCAAAAGUGCAGAUGUGAGAGGAGUACGCGGAAUCAUUGAUAAUAGACGUUCAGGAUGGAACAAGCAUUCGAAUUGGGAUGCAGAAGCUGUUCGUAAAAGUCAUAUACCCGGUGAUUUCGAAAUAGAUCGGUUGAGCUUGGAAGAUCUAUCCGUUAUUGUGUUUAUGCCAAAAGGCUUCCGACCUUUUCCUCUAUCUGUUAUCUACGCCCAUCUCAGUCGGUUGAGGAAGCAAUGGCUACUUUACGACUUUCUAUGUGCUGAUUCAAUUAUCGGAUCGAUAGAUUCUAGCCUUUUCAGUAUACAUACUCCAUUGACGGAAAAAAGCGUUUUUGAAUUUUCUGAUCUAGAAAGCAACAAAGACAAUACACCCAGUCUAGCUAUGUAUUAUCCUUUCAAUAACAAAAAGGUGAACCCUGCAGGUGUUUUGGUUGGAGGAGAAAAUCAAGCGUUCGGGCUUUUACUGGAUGAUGGUAUGAAUAACAAGGGAUACAGGCGAAAAUCGAGAUUACGAAUAGAAAGCGUUAGCGUUGACCAUAUUCAUCGAUUCGGAGAUGGCCCACCGCAAUGGAUAACUUCUGGUACAGUCGAUUUUUGUGCAGAUAUCUAUAUACCCAACGAUCAGAAUAUUAGCAGGAAGCAUCCAAGCUUUGUGCAGAUAUUUUUUGAAUUUGCUCGAAAAAGUUUACCCAAGAGUGUAAUUAUAGGCAUUGGAAGAAAUCAAAAGCAUUAUAUUAUAGGCGAAAGUCGUGUGAGAGAUAAUGACAAAGAGGGAGAUGAGAAAACUAUCGAAGAACACAAAAUUGGAAAGGAGAAAAAUGUUGUUUUAGAUAUAGAUGUACGGUUUAAGGAUGUCAAAGGAGUUGUGCCUUUGAAGAUACCAGACAUAAGCUAUGUGAAUAGUGCAAUGGUCCGUCCUUUGAUUGCAUAUAUCAAUCGAAACAAAACCAUUGUUCCCAUCAAAGGGCGAAUCGUUAUUGAUCUGGAUAAUUUUAAUGGCGCGUAUACUGUAUAUGAUUCCACAUUAGCAGAGCGUUUAAACAAAGCUGUGACCAAAGGUUUUCUCGAUUUGGUUCAUGAUCAACAGGAAAGAAACAAAAGAAUGAAGCAGAUCGGUUUUUGGAGUUUUAGGGAACUAUUUCGAAAUAUUCAAAAUUUUCAUGAUUGCCUAUAUGGAACUGCGAGAGGUUUUUGGAAUUACCUCGGCCGAUAA